AGUAUUUAAUAGAUCAGAGGAGAGAGAAGCAAAGAGAAGGUUUGCUUUUGCUUAUAUGGACGGUAACUUAUAAAAAAUGAGAAGCGAAAUGAUAUCGUGUCUCUCUUCUCCAUUUUUCAAGUAAGUAAGAUAAAAGGAGAACGGGUCCUUCUGCUUGUUUUCUUUCUUAUGAAAGCUCUCUGUUAAAAGUUCUGAGAUCUCUCACGAGUCUCACGAGUCUGAAUUUGAAUGGAAAACAACACAAAACCCAUCUCUUAGAGGUUUGGUGAGGUCUCCAUUUCUUGUUUCUUUCUGGGUGUUACUUCCACCGAACAAAGCUCUCUCUCUCUCUUUCUUUCCCUCUCCUUCUCUCUCUGUUGCAUAAACUCAGAAGAGAAUUUGAAUUGGUAUUAUCUUUGGUUUUCUGUUUUUGGGUUUUGUUCAGUUUUGAUCCAUGCAGCCUUGCAGUGGAGAAAUGCAAGGAAUGGAUUCCAUACCUCAAAUGGGUCUGCAAGAGCUUCAAAAUGGUCAGCAUCAGAUGCCGAAUCAGCACCACAUUCAUCAGGGUUCCCACUUUGAUCACUCGUCUCACGAUGAUUUUCUUGAGCAAAUGCUCUCUAAUCUCCCUUGGACCGAAAACCUCUCAGGAAACCCUAAAUCUCCCUGGGACCUUAACCCUCAAAACCCUAACGGCAACCCCACGCCCAACAACAACACCGCGACCAGCGCCACCGCUACCAAUCAGAAGCUCUUUAAUAUCCCAAUCGCUACUUCCAACGGCAAACCCGGAGAUUUAUCCGAUGACCAGCAGACAUCAUCGCAGCCGGAAAACCUUCAGUACGGUUUCGACGAUUCCACGCUGCUCGCCUCACGGCUUCGUCAGAACCAGAUAAGCGGGAAUUCACUAGCAGCCAAAACGCUGGCCCUUCAGCAGCAGCUACUUCUUUCGAGAGGCGGCGUUGGAAUGGCGAUAUCACCGUCGUCUGUUCCCGGCACUAGUUCUCAGGGCGGCGAGUCGGGGCUUCGCCCACUUCCUCUAAGUCUGGCCAGCGCUGAUUCCUCGGAUUCUAGGCUCCUCGUCGAUCGGUCCCGGGAUGGUGUCGUCGAUGCUUCCUUUAAAUCUCCAAGCCCGAACGGAGAAGCUUCAGUUCAAGGGUUGUACAACGGUUUCGCCGGAUCUCUGUCUCGCACUGCUCAGACAGCAGACCAGCAGCAUUUUCACAAUCCACAAGUUGCGACGAUGCCAGCACAGAAUUUCAGUGCACCGGCGACGACAGGGAUCAACCAGGCGGCACUAGCGGCGGGGGCAGCAGGAGGAGUUGGUGCCGCUCCCCAGAGGCAGCAGAGGGUGAGGGCCAGGAGAGGGCAGGCCACCGAUCCACACAGCAUCGCUGAAAGAUUGCGGAGGGAGAGAAUCGCAGAAAGAAUGAAAGCUCUGCAGGAACUUGUGCCCAAUGCAAACAAGACUGACAAAGCAUCGAUGCUGGACGAGAUCAUCGAUUACGUGAAAUUCCUCCAGCUUCAAGUCAAGGUUCUGAGCAUGAGCAGAUUGGGCGGUGCAGCAGCGGUUGCUCCUCUCGUGGCCGAUAUUUCCUCCGAUGGAGGAGGGGACUGCGUACAGGCGAGUGGUGGGCGGAGUGCAAACGGCGCUCAGACGGCGUCGUCGAACGAUAGCUUAACGGCGACGGAGCAGCAAGUGGCGAAGCUGAUGGAGGAGGACAUGGGUUCGGCGAUGCAGUACUUGCAGGGGAAGGGUCUGUGCCUCAUGCCCAUUUCUCUCGCCACCGCCAUAUCAACUGCCACCACGUGUCAUUCCAGGAACCCGAACCACACCCACCACCGCCUCGUUUCCCCUAACGUCGACGUUCCUCAGUCGCCGAGCAUGUCCGUGCUGACCGUACAGUCGGUGACGAUGGGAAACGGCGGGGGAGAGGCUUCCGUCAAGGACGCUACAUCGAUUUCGAAGCCGUGAGGGGAACUGGGAAAACAAAAGCGAUGGAGGGCAGACUUGUUUGGACUAGAGAGUUAGAAGAAAUCCGAGGGAGAGAAGAUAGAAAAAAGGAAAGAAAUUGAAAUUCAACGGGCGUCAAGUCUACGGAAGCAGGUUGUUCUCUGGUGUUUGACUGGGCAGAAAAAAAAAA